AAAAAAUUACACAAAAAGUAAGCAAAAAAAUACGAAAAGAUGAGAGAAAAAAGUUCUUAGAUUUUAUGUUGAAAAAAUACCGCAGCUGGCAGUUUGGUAGAAACUUUUGAAGCAAAAUAAAGUGCGUUUUCGUUGGUGUUGUGUGCAUCGUCAAAUAUUUAUUGGAUUUGAAUUUUAAAGUGAAAAUCUAAGAAAGAAAUUUAUCUAUAGACUUGAAAAUUUCACAAAAUCAUAUUGGAUAACCAAGCAAAUUGUUUGAGAAAGUGAAGUUAUAAUUGAAGAAAAUGUUGCUGCAGCGUAAUAAAUUGGGAAGUGUACGACCACCGAAACGUUGUCGUAGCGAAAUGGAUACAACAUCAGCAUCAGAUAUUGUUAUAAUACAUGGCAAUUCGCAUCCCGAUUUAGCCAAUUUAGUAGCCGAACGUAUGGGUAUUAAAAGUGGUGGCUGUUCGGUAUUUCAUAAAACAAAUCGUGAGACAAUGGUGGAAAUUGGUGAUUCAGUAAGAGGCAAAGAUAUUUAUAUUAUACAAACUGGCACCAAAGAUGCUAAUAACAAUAUUAUGGAAUUGUUAAUUAUGGCUUAUGCCUGUAAAACCUCAUCAGCUCGAUCGAUUGUGGGUGUUAUUCCCUAUUUGCCUUAUUCCAAGCAAUGUAAAAUGCGGAAACGUGGUUGUAUUGUUUCAAAAUUAUUGGCCAAAAUGAUGGGCACCUCGGGUUUGACUCAUAUAAUUACCAUGGAUUUGCAUCAAAAAGAAAUACAAGGUUUCUUUGAUAUACCUGUGGAUAAUCUCAGAGCCUCACCUUUUCUUUUACAAUAUAUACAAGAAAGUAUACCCGAUUAUCGUAAUUCUGUUAUUGUAGCCCGUAAUCCAGGCUCUACACAGAAAGCUACUUCUUAUGCUGAACGUUUACGUUUAGGCAUUGCUGUCAUUCAUGGUGAACAAAAAGAAGCUGAAAGUGAUCAAGUUGAUGGUCGUUAUUCGCCACCACCUUCCAAUAGUACAUAUGACAUAGGAAAUACAGUUGAAAUGUGCUUACCAGCAACACCUAGCAGCCGUACUCGUACCGUAAGUGUAUCGGUUGGUGUACCCGAUCAUCCACCCAAAGUAAAACCACCCAUUAACGUUGUAGGUGAUGUUUCUGGACGUAUUGCCAUUAUGGUGGAUGAUUUAAUCGAUGAUGUACAAUCGUUUGUGGCUGCUGCUGAAGUUUUAAAAGAAAAUGGUGCUUGUAAAAUUUAUGUUUUGGCCACUCAUGGUUUGUUAAGCUCUGAUGCACCUCGUUUAAUUGAGGAAUCUUUCAUUGAUGAGGUUGUUGUUACCAAUACCAUUCCACAUGAGAUCCAAAAAUUACAAUGUCAUAAAAUCAAAACCAUUGACAUUUCCAUUCUAAUUGCCGAGGCCAUACGCCGUAUUCAUAACAAAGAAUCCAUGUCUUAUUUGUUCCGUAAUGUUACUUUAGAAGAUUAGAAAAGAAACUAUUUAUUUAGCUUGAUUUCUGUUUUUAUAAAUCACUGUUAAUGGCACGUUUCCAUUUUAAAAGGUAAACUCCCCCUAAUACAUAAAAUUUUAUAAAAACUUUUUAAUCUUUUAUUCAAGUAUUUGAAUUACAUAAAACGUUAUAUUACAACUAAUUCAUUUAUUAUUCUAUAAUUUUUUUUAUAAAUACAUUUUCCUCCCUUUUAAUUUUUGUUAAUUUUAAAGUUUGUUUAAGUUGUUUUUUUAUUUUUUGCAUAAAAAGUUUUAACUUCUUUGUUUUCUCAUUUUUUUUUUUGUAUUAUUUAUCUUUAAAUACUGUUUGUUUUAUUUACAAUUUUUCAUUAUUUUUUGAUUUGCUUAUUAAAGUAAAAAUAAUUGUAAUUAAUAAUAAAAAAAGUUGAUUUGAAUAAAAUGUUC